CUUUUUCCUCCUCUCAGCACUUUGAUUAUUUAGGGUUCCUCAGUCGUUUUCUGUACACAACAUGUCUGGACCAAUGCCACCGGGUUGGGAAGCCCGUCAAACGGAUACAGGUCGCUAUUAUUUCAUAGACCACAAUACCAAGCGAACCACAUGGGAGGAUCCUCGUUUGCAGGCACCUGGACAAAAUCCAUACGGUCCACCUCAAGGGUCGCCUUACAGUGGUUACAAUAGUCCGUCGGCCGCUCCAGCUCAGUCGCCGUACCCGCCUCAAUCAUCGCCUUACCCGCCUCAGUCGGCGCCUUAUCCUCCUCAAUCGGCGCCUUAUCCACCGCAACCGUCGGCGUAUCCCCCGCAAUCGUCACCAUACCCGCCUCAGGCAAGCCCAUACCCGCCUCAACCUUCGGCUUAUCCAGCGACUUCUUCGCCUUAUCCACCUAGUUCGUCGCCUUAUCCCCCCAGUUCGUCGCCUUACCCACCGCCACCAAGCCAGUCACCUUACGGCAGCAACCAGGGCAGUCCUUAUCCCCCACCUCCUUCCCAAGACCAGCAGCGAGGUUAUGGAGGUGGUGAAAAUUCAAGUUACGGCAAACCUUACGGUCAGCAGCCUUACCCUCCUCCACCUUCUCAAGGUGGCGCUUAUUCUCCUGCUCCUCCUGUGCCGCAACCACCAUCGGGUUAUGGAAACAAUAAUGGAUAUCAACCUCCACCAUCACAGCAACAGCAACAGCAGCAACGUGUCACAAGUCCUUACGGUGGCUAUCCACCUCAGCAACAACAAGGAUAUCCUCCUCAAGGGUAUCCCCCUGCUCCAGGCGCUCCCGCUCAGAAACACAGCGGUAUGUCGACUGGUAUGAAAGUUGCUGGAGCCGCUGCAGCCGCCGGUUUAGCUGGUUACGCUAUUAGUGAGUUUGUGGAGCAUGAACAUGAACAAAGCGAACGUUUGGACCGAUUGGAAGAACAGCAACGUCAAGAACAAAUGCGCGAAUCUCAGAACAAUUAUGGUGGCGGUUACGGACAACCCGCCGAGUAUGGUCAACAACCUGAAUAUGGCGCUCCACCAAUGGAUGGCGGCGAUACCUCCACCACCAUUAUCAGAGAAGACGGUGGUUGGUUUGGCCAUGACAAAGAAACCAUUAUCCAGCAAAAUGAAUAUGGCGGAACGACGGUGGUUGAACGUGAAGACGGUUGGUUUGGUGACGAUGUCACCAUCACUCAAACAGACGCAUAUGGAAAUACCACGGUCGAAGAGGAAGAUUCGGGAUGGUUCUAAAGAUCUACCUACCUUUUUUUUUUCCUUUUUCCUUUUUCUUUUUUUCCCAUCCUCCAUUUGGUUGUCGCACCUUUAUCAAAAACGAAGUAAUGCCCUGAUUUUUCCAAAUAGUGAAAAAAAAAUACACAAAAAUGUGAUUCUUGUUGUGUAAUAACCGGAGUUCAUUCACCGAGUUAAAAAUAGAAGUUGUUCGUGAUUUUCCAUUAUCAUCGUGUCAAUAUCAGAUAACGUAGUGUA